AUGGCUUCUACAGCAUUAAAACGCCUGAUGACCGAAUACAGAGAAUCAUUUUUUGAAUGGGAAGCACUUAUUGCGGGACCCGAAGGAACACCUUAUGAAGGAGGAAUCUUUGCUGCAAUACUUCGAUUUCCUACUGAUUAUCCUUUAUCACCACCAACAAUGAAAUUUACUUGUGAUAUGUUUCAUCCUAAUGUUUGUAUAUCUAUCCUUCAUCCACCUGGUGAUGAUCCGAACAUGUAUGAAAGUUCAUCGGAACGUUGGUCACCAGUUCAAAGUGUGGAAAAAAUUUUAUUAAGUGUUGUUAGUAUGUUGGCUGAACCGAAUGAUGAAAGUGGUGCUAACAUUGAAGCUUGUACAUUUAAUAACAUUGUUCGUGAAAAUGUGAAAAAAUCAUUAGGAUUAUAA